AUGGGUGAACGCGAUUGUCCCAAUGCGAUACAACGGAUCGAGCACUAUUCGAUUGCUACUCGCCGAGAGGCAGCUGGCGAGCAACUCGCAUCGGUGCAUUCGACUGCUGAGAAUGCGUACAUCAUGAGUGAGUUUCUUGCCAAUACACCAAACGGAAAUGCCGGUGGACAAACGCUGAUCGGUGGGCAACGAACCGGAUCUGCUGCUGGCAAUUGGAAGUGGAGUGACGGAUCGGGCUGGGAUUUCACUGCUUGGAGCCCGCCAAAUCCGGACAAUGCCGGAUCGGGCCAACACUAUCAUGCUCUAGCCUCUCCAUCCGGUGCAUCGCCUUCAAGUUGGUUUGUGCAAGGACAAUGGGAUGAUGCUAGUUGUGACAAGUUCUGUCUGCAAGAGAUCCUAGAGUGCAGCCUCAUCUUC